AUCCCCUCGCAACGUUAGCGACAGCAGCGAUGUCAUCGGCGCCUGUAGCAGCAGCAGUAGUGAAACAGGAGCCAGGGACGCCGGCAAAUGGCGUCAAGACGGAACCAGAGAUUAAACAGGAAAAGACAACUCCGUUGGCGUGAUGCAAACCAGUGGUAUGAUGUCGAAUCAUCAAGGGCACGUAUUGUAUCUCACUACCACCUUCCUUCUGAAGGAACCCAGGGCAAUGGAGAUGAUAUUGACGUUGUUAACGUCCCCGACCACAGCGUGUUAAAACGACAAGAACUCCAGCCUGGAACAGCUUACAAGUUCCGUGUGGCAGGCAUCAACGCCUGUGGCCGAGGUCCGUUCAGUGAAGUCUCAGCCUUCAAAACAUGUCUGCCAGGUUUCCCAGGGGCACCCUCGGCAAUAAAGAUCAGUAAGAGUGCGGAGGGAGCACAUUUAUCAUGGGAACCACCUCAAAACACUGCCGGAAAAAUCACUGAGUAUUCUGUCUAUUUGGCCGUCCGAAAUGCAGCGGCAGCAGAACAAAAGCCCGGAGCCCCAGCUCAGCUUGCGUUUGUGCGAGUCUACUGUGGCCCUAACCCCUCAUGUGUCGUCACCACGGCCAGUCUGGCAUCAGCUCACAUAGACUUCACCACCAAACCAGCCAUCAUCUUCCGUAUCGCAGCUAGGAACGAAAAGGGUUAUGGCCCAGCUACGCAAGUCAGGUGGCUGCAAGAUGCCUCCCAAACAGCAAUGGCAGGUGGGAAAAUAGCCGUGAAGAGAGUCAGCUCGGAUGGCAAACCCACCAUCACAAUCACUGGUGCAGCUAUUAAGAAAAUCAAAACUGAAGAGGAAGGACAGAGCUAAGGGGAAUUCUCAUGGCCCACUAGUGGUCAGUACUGAUGCACAUCUUCUACUCUCAACAAAUACUAACUCAAGAUAUGCUGCCAAAUGGGAGUCAAAGACUUCGGAAAUAAUGAAUCUACAGGGAACCUGUCAGGAAAGUGAGCCGUCAUUCAAGCCCAGCUGAGAGCUAUUGUUCAAGGAAAA